CUUCUCCACGCACAGAAGAAGAACCAGAAGUGAAGCAAGAGGAACAACACAACAUCACCACUGCCCACGUGUCGACACCAAGCAUCAGCCACGCCUCAUCAUGCUUGAUUUGCUACUGGACCCCGCGAUUCGCGCGUGGGUUGUGAUCCCGAUCUUCAUCAUCACGUUUUGUGUUGGCCUGUGUCGCCACUAUGUGAGCCAGCUCAUCGCGUCCACCCCACAGCUGGACCGCGAUGUCCUCAUGCGCACACAACUGCUCCAACGCGCUCGGCUCCUGCGCGCCAACGGGAGAUUCCUGCCUGCAGCGGCGUUCAACGCACGCAAGCAGUACUUCAUCUCAGAGAAGAACGGCGUUCUCACCAAGAAGAAGGAAGAACACAAGGACGACGCGCCCGUCAACCCCAUGCAAGAUCCAAGCAUGAUGAUGAACAUGGUCAAGGGACAAGCCAUCAACUAUGUGCCCAUGGUUGUUGUCAUGAGCCUCAUCAGCUGGGCGUUUUCCGGUUUCGUCAUCAUCAAGGUGCCAUUUCCCUUGACCAUUGCCUUCAAGCCGAUGCUGCAGCGAGGCAUUGCCCUCAGUACCCUCAGCGCAUCCUGGGUGAGCUCCAUGUCCUUCUACCUGACAUGUGUCUUUGGUCUUCGUGGGCUCUACUCCCUCGUCCUCGGCUCCGCCAACUACGUGGAUGAGACGAGUGCCAUGCUCCAGCAGCAGCAGGCCAUGGCACGCCAGCCACAGCAGCCGGGGAAGCUGUACCAGGCAGAGUACGAUGCCCUGCAGGUGAGCUCGCACGACUGGGCGCUCAACCCUCGCUCCGAGGAUGACGACGAUGGUAUGGGCUUCAAGGAUGACCUCGCCCUUGUGGAGAAGAACCUCCUCGCCAGCUGGCAGUAAGACCCGCGGGUGAACCGCGGACAACGUGCUGCACGUCGUGCGGCACGCGCGCAACCCUGCUUCUUGUUGUUCGCCCCUUUCCUUACUCCCCUGCAAUGUGUGUGGGGCCGAGAGAGUGCGUGGGUGGGUGACACCUAGUCAUGCAGCUACCAGUACAUCAACCAACCAGCCA